AGGAAGUAGAGAAACUCAAAGCUCUUCUGCUUUCAAAACGCAAUCAUAAAACAUUUACUGAAGAAAUCCGCGUGUGUGUGUAAAGCUCGCAGGAAUAAUCCGUUCUAAGACGAAGAAAAGUGUUUUGGAGCUUGUGUUUUCGUGUAGAUCAGAUCAGAUCUGACAGGGUUUGUAUGUGAGUGAUUGCAAGGACUCGUUAUGAGCCGUCCACCCUCAAUGCAGCCGCAGAUGUGCGGCCCCUGGGAACUGAAGGAGCGACUGGGAACCGGAGGCUUCGGGAAUGUCACUCUCUGGCAAAAUAAGGAAAGUGCCAAUCAGAUCGCUAUCAAACAGUGCCGGCAGGAGCUCAGCCCCAAGAAUAAGGGCAGAUGGAGUUUAGAGAUUCAGAUCAUGAAGAGGUUGAAUCACAUGAAUGUGGUUGCGGCGAGAGACGUUCCAGAAGAGCUCCAGAAACUGGCCACAAAUGACCUGCCAUUGCUGGCCAUGGAGUACUGCCAGGGAGGAGACCUACGCAAGUAUCUGAACCUGCUUGAGAACUGCUGUGGCAUGAGAGAAGCUGCUGUACUCACACUGAUUCAAGAUAUAUCCUCAGCACUGACGUACCUCCACGGGAUGAGGAUUAUUCACAGAGACCUCAAACCAGAAAACAUCGUCCUUCAACAGGGAGAAAAAAGGCUGGUUCAUAAGAUCAUAGAUCUGGGUUACGCUAAAGAGCUGGACCAGAGCAGCCUGUGCACAUCGUUUGUUGGGACGCUGCAGUAUUUGGCCCCUGAGCUGUUAGAACAGCAGAAGUACACGGUGGCAGUGGAUUACUGGAGUUUUGGGACGCUGGUGUUUGAGUGCAUCACAGGAUUCAGGCCUUUUCUACCAACCUGGCAACCCGUGCAAUGGCACAGCAAGCUGUUGCAGAAACAAGUGGAUGAUAUUGUGGUUUACGAGGAUCUGACGGGAGAAGUUCGAUUCUCCAAACACCUCCCGAACCCUCACAACCUCAACAAACUGUUAGCUGGUGAACUGGAGAGCUGGCUACAAAUGAUGCUAAGAUGGUCACCUAAAGAGCGAGGCAAAGAUUUAAAAAAGCGGAGCCAAGACAGUCAGGACGGGGUCAAAGACUCGGAAGAGGACAGUAAAGAAGGCAGCUCAGAGGGGAGCAAAGACUCUCCGAAAGCUUCCUGUUUCUGCUUCGAUGAAUUAAGCCGAAUUCUGAAUCUAAAGCUGGUCCACGUGCUCAACAUGACCUCUGCUGAAAUAUUCACCUAUUCGGUGCUGCCGCAGGAGGACGUGGCAUCCCUCCAGGAGCGAAUCGCGCAGGACGCUCGCAUUCCUCCGGCCAAUCAGGAGCUGCUGCUGGAGGCGGGGCUUGCGCUCGAGCCGCACAACAGCGUCACGCAAUGUGCAAUCGAUUAUAGCAUGAUGGACACUCGGCGGGCAGAUGAGCCGCUGGUUUUCCUGUUUGACCGUUCCUGCUACAGCUACGAGCCUCAGUUUACGCCGCGUGUCCUUCCUGAGAACAUCCGAUUCGUCCAGAACGAGCCCAAGCGCUCGCUGCCCUACAGCUCCCAGAGACGCACGUGGGGUCAAGCGUGGCACACCAUCCGCGCGCUGAAGGAGGACUGGCAGAGACUGCAGCAAGGCCAGAAAGUCGCCAUCAUGAGUCUCCUCAGACACAACGGCACGCUGUCAAAGCAGAAGAACGAGAUGGUGUCGAUGCACCAGAGGUUAAAAGCCACGCUGGAGUUCUUCAGCACCAGUCUGCACAUCGACAUCGACAAAUACCAGGAGCAGAGAGCGACGGGCAUCGCCUCUGAAAAAUUAUUGAGUGUCUGGAGAGAAAUGGAGCAAACCGCCCUGGACUGUGGACAGACAGAAGACGUGAAUAAGCUGGAGGAGGAGAUGAUGACCCUUCAGACUGAUAUCGUGGACCUGCAGAGACAGCCGUGGAGGAGUGGAGAGGCUUUAGAGACGCUCGAGGUGAAGGCCAUGGAGCUCUUCCGUAAACUGCGAGAGAAACCCAGAGAGCAGCGCAGUAUGGGCGACUGUCAAGAAGUGAUCAAACUUGUGGUUCAGGCCGUGCAGUUCUACGAGAGGAAGUUACGGGACUUUUACACACACCUGAGGUCGGCUUCUGUGUAGUUUCUCAUCAGAUUUCAUUAAACUUCUCUGC